GACUCACGAUGCCAGGCACAAAGCUGCGUGUGCCGGACGGACCUUCCUUGAAACCCCUUCACCCACUCGUUCCCUCGCCCUUUGUGACUCCAAGACCUGAGCUGGUUGAUCGAUCGCCCGUAAGGCCAUCGCUGGGCAUAUAUAGCGAAUGAGAGCGCGGGGAGAUCGCUGGUGCGCUCUUUGAUUCCUUCCCUCCAUUCGAAAGCGAUCUCGGUCAGGCACAUCUUCUUCUUCCCCGGUUCCCAAGCCCUUGGUCUUGGGCGCAGAGAAUUCUCUUUCUCACUCGACCAUCUUCGCCACCUCUUCUCCUUGCAGCCAUGGAGCUCUCGAUCUCCACUUCCCACUCCGAGGUACAGACCUACCCAAGCGUAGCCCUCAACGAGCCAGAGCUGGCCCCAGAUCCCUCAAAGACCAUCGCCUCAUGGGCGUCCGUUGCCGGUCGUCAGGCAUCGAUGUUCGUCAUCGCUAUCAAGCUCACGGUUCCGCCAAAGACGAAGCCGCCAGAGAAGAUUGACUCGCUGGUCCUCACACUCAUGUCGAGCGAGACGAUGAAUUUUCCAAGCGGCUACUGGGAGCAGAAUAAUCCCUUUCACGACCGUCUCGAAGUCGAGUCAGCAGCAGGCAUGGCUAUUCAGGCUGGCUCGACUUACUAUUGGGACGUGCCUGUCCUCAUUCCUUGCAAUGCUGCUCCUUAUGAGCGGGGGAGGUACGGGCGUAACUAUUGGCGGCUUUCUGCGAAGAUGCAGCUUCCCGGAUUGAUACUCAAGAAGCAGAUCACAUCGGAGAAGAACCUCUUCAUCAUCGCCUACCCUCUCGACGAGGCCUACUCGUACGACCACGUCCACUCAGGCCUCUCCGACGGGCUUGGUCCAGUCCAACUUUCCUUUAUCUCCCGCUCUUUCAAUGUCGGCGGCUAUCUUCGCGGUGCCAUGCUCCUUCCGGCUCCUUCACCGGCCAUUAAGCUGCACGCCAUGACCAUGAGCCUGCUCCAGACCGCUGAGUUGCAUUCACGCAAGAAGCCCGGCCACGUAGAGCACUACCCUGUGGAACGGUACGAAUUCUUGAGAAUGGAGGGAGAGGAACUGCAAAGCUAUGUGGACCAUACGGGCGCACUGGUGAGGAGGGUACCAUGUAGGGAGGCAGGGGGGGCGAUUCAGAUGGAGUGGAUCACCCGUCUUCCACGCGAUCAUCAAGCGCGCCCGACGACAGUGAUGGGCGGGGACGCUCACAUUCGACACAGCCACCAGCUCGAAUUCGUGCUCCUCUUCGACACAGAUGGAAGCAAGCCAGUGAAAGAUGAGCGGGGCAAUGUGCUGCGGAGACGAUACAGAGUAACUUGGCCCGUCUCGCUCCUCAGCUGUGCAUUGAGGUGGAGGAGUAUCAUCCUGCCAGAGUACUCUGAGCAAGACGCCAACCCCGUACCAGAGCGUGACCGCGACGCCUACACAGGCCCAAAUGAGCACGAGGACCAAACGCUCUGCAACUGCGGCGAACGUACAGAGGAGUUCCUCAAGUACGAGGAUAUCACAGAGGGCCCGACUGUAUUCACCACGGAUCUCAUGCGACAGGGCCUGAGGGUGCAGACAGGCAGUGGUAGAAGGGUCGGGAGGAGCGCGAGGAGGAGGGGAACGACGCCCGCAGCUGGGUCGGCGGGAAGUACUGCGGCCAAUGGCAGUGGCGGCGCUGCAGGCCGGUCGCGAUCGCAUGCACGCGUCGCGGGAGAGGGCUCAGUGACGCCACGAGCACGAGGCGUCUCUGGAGCUCAAGGCUCUUCGUCACGCAACGCUUCUCGCUCGAGACACGGCUCGCCAUCGACCUCUCGUCGUCCCUCCCGUUCACGCCGUACGUCACCCUCCCGCCUGUCCGGGCGCCCAAUGACCAUCAGCAGCCAAGGCUCCAGCGACAACCUGAGCAAUGGCACUCCCGAUCGCCUGUCCAUCGAGUUCGCAGAGGAGGAGGACGAGUAUGCCGGUAGCGGCAGCAGCGGGUCGAGACGUCAAUCGGUCGAUGACGCUUUUGGAGAUGGUGGAUUCCUGGAUGAGGACGAGGGCGAUGCAUGGGACUCGGAGGACGAUGAAGAACUGAUGAAUAAGCUGGAGAGGGAAAGACAGAAGCGGGAGCAGUUGUAUACGACUACGCCCGGCAGACCGUACUCGUCAAACGGUGGCGGCAGCGGCGCGGCUACGCCUCCCGUGGCAUCAAGUUCGGGUUCACGACAUGCGUCCAACCUGCACAGGCACGUUGCGUCAGCGCUGAGGAUUGGCGCGAGGAGUAGCAGCCGCAGCCGUGACGCCAGAGGUGGAGAGGGAGCGAAUGGAAGUCGCCCAGGGACCCCAGGCCCGGGCGCAGGUAGAUAAAUCGGGCACGCCAGUGUGGGACUGGAUCUUUGCUU